AUGCAAAAAAUUAAUGAAGCUAAUCUCCCUAAAUGGUUAAAGUAAAUCCUCAGGGCAGAUUUAUAUUACAGAACAGAUAGAAAUCAACAAGCUCUCUUACAAAUUGAAGCAUUUGAUAGUGAUAAAUGGAGAGAAAAGGUCUCUUUGUGGUUUUUGACAAAGAUUAAAAAUAGUGACUAUAACUUGUAAAAUCCAUCUGGAAUAUAUUGCUACUUUAAACUUUAUUAGCUACAGCUAUACCUUACUCUUAAAAGAUACAACAAGAUCAACCCAGUAGAACUUCCAUAGUUUCAAAAUUACAAAACGUACUGUGAUGAUAUCUAAGAUCAAGAUAAUCUGCGACGAUAUUUCUUGAAUAGAUUUUUGUUCGUAGAAAUUAACUCUACAUUCAGCUUUAAGCAUAUAGAUGGCAUGAGCGAGCAUGAUAUCAACAUUCACGAAUAAAAAUUCAAAUAAUUAGAGAGUAACCUCUUGGAUGACGAUAAUUUCUUUGUCCUUAAUGUUCUUAAGUAAAAACUCCAAUGGUGCAAUUUUCUCAAAUUGCCCUAAUUAGCCUCGUAAGUCAGACAUUAAUUGCAUGAAAGACUUUCUUCAAGUUUAAAAAAAAAUAAUAAUCAAAAUAUUUCCCUUUUAGCUAAGGAAUAGAUGAUCUUUGCUAAGCAUCAUGAAAUUACAAUGAAAAAGAAGAAAUUUAGAUAUUUAGAUGAGUAGACAAAGUAAAAGAAAGUCACUUAAUUAAAUACAGAACUAAAGCAAUUCUGCACAUCAAGUUCUUUAAACAUUAAAACCUUUAACUAUAUAAGCCAGAUUCUUACCAUAAUGCGAAAGACUAUUAUAAUUAACUCGUCAAACGGUUCAUAAGUUCAGCAUUAAGAGAAUAAUAUGAAUAAAUUCAAGAAGUUAUGCUUGUACCUUUUAGGUUGGAGAGAAAAAAUUAGCAAUUACUUCUAGGAAGUAGAGGAGUUUUAUGAUGAGUAUGUAAAAAACCUAGAAGAAGUAAUGAAACUUAAAAUUUAUAUAAAUAAAGACGAAGAUCUUAACAAGUACUUCAAUGAUAAUAUCAAAAGAUUAAAUAGAGAAAGAAUUUCCAAAAACUAUUUAGGAAGCCGUAGUUUUAGUAUCUAGAGUAGCAUUAAAAAAAGAUAAAAGGUAUGCUAAGGUGAUACAUUUGAGAAGAGCAUCUCAAUCUCAAAUGAGUUAAAUUCUGAUGAGGAAAUAAACCAAUUCCAUCUAUUUGAAUCGAGUUUUAAAUCAACUAGUUAAGAUGUUUCAAUCUCAAUAAUUGAAAAUAAUGACUUAAGCUUUAUCGAAUAUCCUCAAUACCUUAGCUAAUUUAUGAAUGUAGUUAGUUAUUAGAAAUCCAUAAAACUUUGCAAUCCUAAUCCUGAAUUUUAAGACAUCCCCAUUAUUUUUAACAAUCGUCAUGGUGAGAAUUAGGCUUCUAUUUCUAAUGAUUAAUCUUAAAGCUCUAAUAAUUUAGACUUUGAUGAAAAUAUUUUUUCAAAAGAUAGAUCUGCCGAAAUCUUAGGAGGUAUGGAUUUCUUAUAAGAUUGA